AUGCCGGCACUGAGUGAUGCACCUAUAGACAUACCAGUACAGAGUAAUGACAUGCCGGGACUGAGUGAUGCACCUAUAGUCAUACCAGUACAGAGUAAUGACAUGCCGGCACUGAGUGAUGCACCUAUAGACAUACCAGUACAGAGUAAUGACAUGCCGGGACUGAGUGAUGCACCUAUAGACAUACCAGUACAGAGUAAUGACAUGCCGGGACUGAGUGAUGCACCUAUAGACAUACCAGUACAGAGUAAUGACAUGCCGGGACUGAGUGAUGCACCUAUAGACAUACCAGUACAGAGUAAUGACAUGCCGGGACUGAGUGAUGCACCUAUAGACAUACCAGUACAGAGUAAUGACAUGCCGGGACUGAGUGAUGCGCCUAUAGACAUACCAGUACAGAGUAAUGACAUGCCGGGACUGAGUGAUGCACCUAUAGACAUACCAGUACAGAGUAAUGACAUGCCGGCACUGAGUGAUGCACCUAUAGACAUACCAGUACAGAGUAAUGACAUGCCGGGACUGAGUGAUGCACCUAUAGACAUACCACUACAGACUUAUGGGCCUACAGAAAUACCAGAACAGACUGACGCACCUAUAGACAUACCAGUACAGACUUAUGCGCCUACAGAAAUACCAGAACAAAUUGAUGCACUUAUAGACAUAUGCGUCAAUAGGCCUAAGGAUACCAGAACAGACUGA